AUGGCCCUCUCAGCACCCAGCACGGACGCCCAAGCCCUUAUUACCCUAGAAUCAAGCCCCGAGCAGACCUUCCGCUCUUUCACUGCCGAGACAGCCUGGACACUAGGCAAUGCCCUCCGCACUCGCAUCUUGUCCCUCCCCGAUAACCAACGCAGGCCCGCCAUGAUCUCCAUCUCAAUGGCCACUGCUACAAGCGGCGGUGGAUCCCCGCACACUCUCUUCCAAUCCGUCACGGAAUCCGGCACGCUUCCCGAUAACGAGAUUUGGGUGCGGCGGAAGCGGAACACCGUGUUGCGGUGGGGUGUGUCGAGCUGGACGAUGCGGCAGAAGAUUGCGUCGGGGCUUGGAUUUGCUACGAGCGCCGAUAACAUUGAGAGUGCGUUUGUGAGGAAAUUCGCGCUUGCCAGUGGCAACGGGGGUGCUGUUGCGGAUGAGUAUGCCAUUCAUGGUGGUGGAUAUCCUAUUCGUGUGCAUGGGGUUGAUGGAAUUGUUGCCGUUGUGGUGGUCAGUGGACUGAAGCAGGAGGAUGAUCAUCAGGUUGUGGCGGAGACUAUUAAUGAGCUUGUUGCGCGGGGAAAUUAG